AUGUCUCAAGUACUGGGACAGACCAUCUCCAUUGGGACAGACUUCAUCACUUCUACAGCGUCUGCGAGCUCUGCACAGUUGACGGGUGUAUCGUGCGCCAUUCAUAUUUAUCCCAAUGGCGACUUUGGCCUUGACAUGAGCGAUGGCUUGAGAGACCAGAUCCAAACAAUCAAGUCAAGUGCCACAAAUGGCACUAGCGUUGAGACGAAGAUCCAGAAUGCCAUCAUCGCUGCCAACUACAACAUACAAAAGAAACAACUUGGCAGUGCCGCACUUGCGGAAGGGGCUUUCAUUCUCGGAACUAUCUCGUACUUGUUCAAUUCUCACCCAGCGGUUCCGAUCCACGUACAGAUCCUUUCCGAAGAUGUCGCACAGAUGUCUUCAGCUCAGGCUGCGUUUGCGAAUCCGACCGUGAUGUACAUCGAGACCGCGAGUGCGGGCCCGGUAGCGACUGUGCUAUUGGCUGAUUCGUCACCGACGGUGGCACCUUCCGUCGCAGUAUCCAGUGCGGCAUCCUGUCCCUCACAGAUAGUAAGCGGUGACUUGGUAAGGAAACGGGAUUUUGUGUCACUGAUGUAA